AUGAGACGCUACCCAGCUCUCCACGAUCAUUUGCAAAGUUACAGAAUUUACAAGAAAACCCCAAAAUUAAUUUUCCUUUUUCUUUCUAUAUCUCUGAGCUGACAAUGAACAUUUAGGGCUUCUCUUGUAAAUUCUGUGACUUUGCAAAGAAAGAUGGUGGAGAGCUGGGAAGCGUCUCAUUUUGACGCAAAAUUUUCAAGCUACAAUCCCAACAUGUUGAUAAAACAUUGCUAGGAUUUCAAGGAAUUUCUAGAAAACCGAUUCUCCAGAGAAACGCUAGGAAAUGUCUAUGGGCAUAAAUGGUUAUCAUAUUCGUAAUCAGCGCCCUACAUAUAAACUGCCAGGUUUGAACAAAAUCGGAGUGCCUCACUUGGGAAUGUUCCGUCGUUAGCGAAUUAGAUUUUUCAUUAUCAACUAAAGUGCAUUAUAUUUCAUGGCUGUUUUCUUGUGCCGUUUUUUUUAGAUUAAAAUCAACGAUUAAAAUAUUUCAAUGUAGCGUUUCUCAAAGCAGUGGCUCAACUGAAGAUGUUCCAGUUCAGAAAGAUGAAGCUGCAUCUCCACGAUCUUUUACUGUCGAUCAAAAAUCAGAAUCAGCAACUAAAGCGCAUAUGAUUAGCCAUGCAAUGAAAAAUUAUUUAACAAGAGCAAGAGAAAAACAAAAAAUAUUGGAUGAUAAAAUUCAUGAAUAUGAAAUUGGACGUCGACAUUUAGCUCGAAUGAUGGGAGAAGAUCCCGAAGCAUUUGAUCAAAAUAAAAUUGAUGAUGCAUUAAACUAUUUAAUGCCAUCUGGCUUAUUAGAUGAACGUGCAAGACCGAAAAUGCGAAAUGUUGCAAUUAAAUUAGAGCAAUUGAAAAAACAAGAGCAACGCAUGCAGUUACAAGGCAUUGCGCCAGAUUAUAGUAAAAAUGAUGAAUUUGGUUACACAAAUUGGAUUACUAAAGAGAAAUUAGAAGAAAUUUUAUUAGAAAAAUUAAUGGCCGAAGAUUAUAAAAUAUUUCUACAAUGUCUCAAUCGUCUUAUUAAACACCCAUUAGCAUUUAAAGAAAAAGAAUUUAUUAAUGAUUUUCGAACGAAAGUAGAAGAUUCAGUUAUUAGGCCAAAUGUAGAGCCGUUACGUUAUGAUGUGAAUGGUCGUCCAUACCAAAUUGCUACAGGUGAGUGUACACGUUUAUUUUCUAAAAACGAGAGUGAAAAAGCAGUGGAAUAUACAUUGGGUCAAAUAAGUAUUUGA